CUUUUUCUUUUUUUUCUUUCUCUUUUGUUUUCACUUGAUCUAUCUAUAAUUUCAUUAUCAAGAUUCCUCUUCCUUCUCCUUCAUUCCAUAAUAAAGACAUUCUACUGUUUAGUUUCUUUAUAUUCUUAUUUUGAAACAACAACUUGAUAUGACAACAUGGCAACCUCAACCUGAAGGACUUGGAGAACUAGUAAUGUUUUUACGUGAUGCUGGACGUCCUGAUACGAAAGAUCGCUAUUAUAUUCAACAGCGGUUAGAUUCCUUUCGGGCUGUUUCUGACUAUAACUCGUAUCUAGUGUAUAUUCUGGUGAAAAUGACAAACGAAGAAUGGUACACAAGACAAGUGGCUGGCCUGACGUUGAAAAACAAUAUUCGUGGUUAUUUUAACUCUAUUCCUCUAUCAGUAUUAGACUAUGUGAAAUCAUGUUGCUGUGAUGCUGUUAUCCAACCUGAUGUCAUUCCCAAUAUCCGAACUGCUGUUGGCUCGGUGAUUGCUGCUAUCAUUACUCACGGUCAGGCGUGCAAUUGGCCAGAAAUAUUGGAACUCUUGGUUAAUUCUAUGGGUAGCCCUAAUCCUUUAUCUGUCGAGAUGGGAUUUGAUGCUCUUGGUAAAAUAUGUGAAGAUGCUGCUCGGGAUCUUGAUCAAGAUAUCAAUGGUGUCAGACCACUCAAUUAUAUUAUACCAAAAUUCAUUCAAGUACUCCACCAUCCAAAUCCUAAACUACGAACUCAAGCUAUGGUCACUGUUAGUCAGUUUAUCCUAUUGAAAACUCAAGCUUUGAUGUCGAGAAUGAAUGAUUAUUUAGACGGUUUAUUUAUACAAAUGAAUGAUCAGGAUCCAUCCAUACGACAGGAAAUAUGCAACUCACUCGCCAUGAUUCUCGAAGCAAGACCUGAUAAAUUGGCACCUGUACUGACAACUGUAAUUGAAUAUGUUAUUCUUUGUACUCACGAUCCAAACGACCAAGUGGCGCUACGUGCAUGUGACUUUUGGUUACAAUAUAUACGCAUUCCUGGCAUACAUGAUCAACUGACUCCAUAUUUGAGCCAAAUUAUCCCUGUCCUAUUACAACGCAUGAUAUAUACGGAUACGGAUUUAUUAUCAUUGACUGGCACUUUUGGGGACGAUGAAGAUGAUCUUGAUGAUAGUACUAUUGCGGACAAAGAUCAAGACAUUCCACCACGAUUUUAUAGGAAAAAACAUCAUUAUCAUCAACAACAACCUUUCAAUGCUGGUUUUUCUCCUUAUAUUGGCGGUGAAUCUGAUUCGAAUGGUGAUGAUAAGGACACUGAUGAUGAUGAUGAUUUGGAUGACGAAGAUUUUUACUCUGAAUGGACGCUUCGGAAAAGCAGUGCUUCUACUCUCGAAUUAUUGGCUACAGCGUAUCCUGAUCAAGUAUGUAAGGUAUUGGUAUCUCAUUUGGAUCAAACGUUAUCUCAAGAAGAUUGGAAAAAACGGGAAAGUGGUAUUCUUGCCAUUGGUGCCGUUGCUGAAGCUUUGAAAGAAAUGUCACCUUUUCUUCCGCGUAUGCUACUAUAUUUACUUGAUUGCCUCAAUGAUCGUAAGCCUUUGAUUCGUUCUAUUACCUGUUGGGUUCUUGGACGUUAUUCUGGAUGGUGUAUUGAUCAACUUACUACUUCCAAAGACAAACAACAACAAGUCUACUUUGAAAAGGUCUUGCUCAAAUUAUUAGAAAGAGUACUUGAUCGUAAUAAACGGGUACAAUUGAAUGCUUGUUCUGCUUUGGCUGUAUUCUUUGAGGAAGCUAGGGAAUUAUUGAUACCUUACUUGGAUCCUAUCUUGGAACAUUUGACAACUGCUUUUACUAUAUAUCAAAGUAGGAAUUUGGAUAGUUUAUACGAUACUUUAUCUACCUUGGCGGAUGGUGUUGGUGGAGCACUCAAUCACCCUGGUUAUAUUCAUUCGAUUAUGAUACCCAUGACAGAGAAAUGGAAUAGUCUCUCGGACAGGGAUACUGGUUUAUUCCCUUUAUUUCAGUGUCUUUCUGCUGUAACCACAGCCAUAGGAACAGGUUUUUUGCAAUAUUCUGAAUCAGUUUUUGCAAGGUGUAUCAAGAUUAUUACUGCAACAUUGGAGGAAAAUUACAUUGCUCAACAACAACCAGAAUUGUUAGUGGAUCCCCCUGAUGCUGAAUUCAUCGUUGCUGCAUUAGAUUUACUAUCUGGAAUGGUACAAGGAAUGGGUUCUUUGGUGUCUCCAAUGGUAGCAAACUCAGAACCUUCAUUAUUCUCAUUGAUUCUUACAUGUCUCAAGGAACCUCGAACAGAUGUACUUCAAUCUACUUGCGCUCUGAUUGGAGAUCUUGCUGUCAGUUGUUUUGAUCAAUUACAACCUCAUCUACCAACUUUGAUACCACUAUUAAUACAACAAGCCGAAAACGAAGAAUCAGAUCACGUAUCAGUAUGUAGCAAUUCGAUAUGGACAUUAGGAGAAAUAGUUUUACGAUGGAAAGGAUCUAUGCACGACUAUAUACCUAGAAUAUUGGAACGACUACUGAAGAUUCUACCAAAAGAUUCAACUAGGUCACAUCACCAUGAUGUAUCAAGGAUAAUCACUCUAUACGAUAAUGUAGUCAUCACUAUUGGACGACUAGGCUUCUCAUCACCAGAUAUCACCUCUAUACAGUUGAAACAUUAUGCUAGACGAUGGAUUUUAUAUGCAAAGGAUUUACCAGAGAAUGAUGAAAAAGAUACUGCUUUUAUUGGAUUCUGUCAAACGAUUAAAGCAAAUCCAGUAGCGGCUGAAAAGGACUUUAGUCGUUUUGUCGACGUUAUGGUUUCUUGGACAUCACCAUCUGAACAACUUCGCAAGGAAUUCAAAGAUUUAGUGGAAGGAUACCAACAAAUAAUGAAACCGGCUCAAUGGACAAGGAUAAUGAAAAAACUCAAUAAUGCACGGUAGUAUUAAUUUUAUUAGAAUUUAUUAGAUACACACACACACACUUUUACUUGAUUACAUAUUGUAUUUUGAAAUAAACGCGUCAAAAAAUAUAUCAUGCAUCGACAAAA